ACCCCUCUCUGAAAACACAUUUAUAUAAAGGCGUGGUGUUAUUUAAAGCUCAUUCAUUUGAACUUCUUGCCUUGACCAUGGAGCAUAUUCAUCAAUUUAUUUUCGUGCUUUUGCUGCUCGUUGCACUGCUCAGCGCUGUCAAUGGACUGCCUUUUGGACUUAAUUGGGGCCCAUCUUCGAACCAGGGACCCAGCGGCGGUCCAGCCUGGAAUGGGGGCCAUGAUCAGUCAACCGAUUCUACAUACAAUGCUCAACAUUCAAAUGGUGCUGGCAAAUGGCGCUAUUAAUUGAUCAUACGACUGACUUUUAUAACUUAGCAUAUGAAAAAUAGUACAUUUUGUAGUUGCUUAAUUUAUGAGCUGUAUUAAAAAUUGAUUUCGAUUUCA